AAGCCAGUAGUAAACCUUCAGGCUUCGUAACCAGACGAGAUUGCCCACGGCGCUUAGCUGGCUGUGCCAAAAGGGAAAACCCCGUUUUUCUCAUAAUUCUGGGUUGGGAAAAACAGGUGUUUCCCCACCUGCGCAUCAGCUGAUACAAACCAACAUGUGUGGGAUAAAGCCUCAUAGACUCAUGCCGAAGGUGACCGCCUAAAAAGCGUGCGUGCCCCCUGCCCCCCCCCCCCCCCAUCAAAAAAAUUGCAAAAUUUUGCACACAAACAAACCCAGAAGAAACAUGGCGCCCAUGGGAUGGUUUCACGCAUUUCUGAUAGUGAUCAUCGUGAUUCUUGUAAUAGCAAUACAAGCCACUCACGGCCUUUCGGCAGCAGACCGGAACCACGCGAAAACAAAGCUGAAAUGCACAGCAGAUCCGCAUCACAGCCGCGCGGAUAUAGAAAACGACGACCAGUUCUACGUCAACCCGGAGGAAGACUUCAGCUACUUCCAAAUCUCCAUGAGGAUCGGGUCUUGUUACCCGUUUGAGAUCUACAGAGGCAACAGGUACUUCGGCAGGGAGGAAAUCCUCGGGUCGUCAGAAGCGGGGCCCGCGCUGGAGGGCAUCCCCGUGUCCCUGUCCUGCGGUAGCGCCGACGGGAAUCACGCCUACCAGGUCACCAUCGGACUGAGAAACAACACUCUGAGGAAAGAGGUGGACACGGCCACCUCCUGUGGCGAGUGUCUGGGAUUCACAGUGAAGGCUGUGGGCGCGAUCGUCUGCACCGAAGAACGCCCACCGAAGUUAGUGGGACAGAGAGACCAGAAAGGGACGAGGAAAGCGAGGAAUAGCAUGAGGAAUAGCAUGAGGACCUUGUUGAACGAGCAGCUGGAACAGGAGGUGUCCAAAGGCGUCGAGAAAAUGCGCCGCUGGAGUUCGGUGGCCUACGUGAUGGCCGUCUGCGCUUCGUUGCUUCUCUACGUCUUGAUCCUGACUGUGAGGAGCUUCCGAGGGAUGAUGGAUUCAUGCAAAGCAGACAGAUAACGCUGAAACGGGACACAAAGGGACAUUUAUCUUCGCAUUGUCACCACUGCAUCAUGGGAGGGGGGAAAAGAGCUGACUAUAGUAGAUUCACAUCAACCGUGCAUUUGACGUCUAGGCCAGCCCCUUACGACGCUCCUGAUUGGCUGUUGAUAAGCCAAUCGCAAGGCUGGAAGCUCUCGGUCUCUAUCGAGAGUUCACAGGGGUAGGUUCUAUGUUCCACCUCUCCUAUGGGAUACGUCUUUCAGGAGAGGUGGGACAUACAUCCUGCCAAUGUGAACUCUCGAGAGAGACUGAGAGCUUCCAGCCCUGUGAUUGGCUUAUCAACAGCCAAUCAGGAGCUUCGUAAGGGACUGGCCUAGACAUCAAAUGCACGGUUGAUGUGAAUUUAUUAUAGUUGAUGUGAGAUCCGGAACUUUCCCCCAGAUUACUCUCUAUAUUGGCUUUCUGGGCCUUAAUUGGAUACAUUGACGAAAAUAUUCGGUGCCAUCUUAGGGUUUUGUGGCUGAUUACAGCCUGAAUAUCACACCAGCCUGCCGUGAUCUGUGAGCGCGCCCUGUCUGCAGCUGUGGCAACAACCGCUGCUUCUGAUAGUACAGCAAAUAAAUGCCGUUUCCUGGCUGGUCUCUGUUCGAAGAUCCUACGAGAGACGAUGCCCAAGUUGCUCGAAGCUGUUCUAGACUGGAUAAGGUGAUGUUUGGACCGUCUACGCCAGUGGUUUCCAACGUGGGACGUAGGGGUUCAUUUUAUUUUUAUGGGGGCCAAGUUCUUCAAUUUUACCUUGGUAAACUUGAAAAGGAAUAAGAAGAGAAUCAUUUAUUAAUACUGAAUUUUUUUCUGUUUUUAGGGGGGUCAAAUUCUUGAAAAGGAAUAAGAAGAGAAUGAGUUAUUAA